CAGACACCCUCACAUGACUCCGCUUCGUUUAUAUAAACAUUUCCACCCAGUCUCGCAGCUUAUUUCCAGCUUUUCAUCUGAAUAGUUAUUGUUUUCUAUUCCUUAAUACCGAUAAAAAAAAUACCACUAAAAGCUUAGAGUGAGAUCUGAUAGUCUGCUGUUUAAUCUCAAACCUCGAAAUUGUGUUGAAAUAUUUUUUGUUUCAAAAUGUUUAACUUUCUGGCAAUUGUCCUAGUGGCUACAUGCGUGGUUGCAUACCCAUUUGACACUAGUUCGUAUUUGGAUGAUGAAUGGGCCACAUUCAAAACUACAUUUAAAAAAAAUUAUGAAAAAGAAUCUGAGGAGUACUUCAGGCGACUUGUCUGGGAAAAGAACCAUUUGUUUGUUUUGGCACACAACUCAGCUGCCAAACAAAAGAAAGUUCACUAUACUGUAGCUAUGAAUAAAUAUGGUGAUCUUACUCAUAAGGAAUUCGUUGAAAUAAUGAAUGGUUAUAAAGGUUCCGGCAAAACCAGUUUGAAAAGUGGAUCAGUUGAUUCUGAUGACACCUUAGUUUAUUUGCCAAAGACAGUUGAUUGGAGAGAUGAAGGCUAUGUGACUCCUGUGAAAGACCAGAAAGAAUGUGGUUCUUGCUAUGCCUUUUCUUCAACUGGAUCCUUAGAAGGUCAACACUUCAGGAAAACAGGAAAAUUGGUUUCCCUCUCUGAGCAGAAUAUUAUUGACUGUUCUGGCCCAGAAGGUAAUAAUGGAUGCAAUGGUGGUUUGAUGGAUCAAGCUUUUCAAUAUAUUCAGUUAAAUGGUGGCAUUGAUACCGAGUAUGCUUAUCCUUAUGAAGCUAUUACUAAAGACUGCCGUUUUGUCAAGAAUGGGACUGGUGCUACUGAUAUCGGAUUUCACGAUAUUGAAUCGGGCAGUGAAUAUAAAUUGCAGAAAGCUGUAGCUCAUAUUGGUCCAGUUUCUGUUGCCAUUGAUGCUAGUGAUGUGCAAUUCCGCUUUUACAAAAGUGGUGUUUAUUACAAUUCUGAAUGUAGUGAUGAAAACCUUGAUCAUGGUGUUCUGGUUGUUGGUUAUGGAGUUGAUGAAAAAGAUGAAUCGGUGACUGAUUACUGGUUAGUUAAAAACAGUUGGGGAGAAACUUGGGGUGAAGAAGGUUACAUCAAGAUGGCACGUAAUAUGGACAAUAACUGUGGAAUUGCAACAAAAGCCAGUUAUCCUCUUGUGUAAAUAGGACGACUGUUUUUAAGUACACACUCACAUUCACGUACGCAUGUGUAUACACACACAGACACUCUAGACAGGAUUGGUAGAGCAUCAGAGAAAAUACCUUGUGGUACUUCUGGUUACCACUCUUUUACACCUGAGUUUUCACACCCACACACACAGUAAAGCAUUAGACAAAAUGAUGCCCUUUGUAUUUUGUCAUCACUCUUUUUACCAUUCUGGGUUCCUAACUUGUGUAGAAAAGAAAUGGAUUUGUAGAUAUGCCCCUACACACGCUCACAAUUGGUGGAAUAUCAGACAAAACACCAUUUUGGUAUUUUUAUUGUGACCUUGUUACAGUGCGUGUGUGUAUGUGUGCCUGUAUUCAAAUCCUUUAUCAUAUCAACUUUUUCUUUCUUUCAUCGUUCCUUCCAUGAGACCAGUUUCAUUUGUACCUGUGUACAAUUUGCACCUGUGUGAAAUACUGGAGUUGAUGUAAUUGACUGCACAUUGUUAAGAUGUCACCCCACAGCAUGGCUACAAGACCAUCGAGUGAAACCAGGAAAACAACUUAGAAAAUCGCAUAAGUAUAUAGAAUACCCUCACCACAGAACCAGAUAAUAGGGAUGUAAAAAAAAAACAGAAAACAAACAAUAGUGCAACAACAAUAAAAACCUAACAUAAAC